AUGCAUGCUAUGGAUUCUACCCCCAACGGCAGUGUCAUGUGCACCAUUAUGUUCACAAAUUCCGUACACAACACCCACGCACCGAGCCGUACCUGCCUCAUUCAAAGAUGGAUUCUUGAUCGUUCGUUACCCAUGCUCUUGAAAUGUUCUGGGAGCAACAGAUGCUGA